GGAAACUUCUAAUUCUCGAUUCUGUAUUCAAUUAUUUUCCCGUAAAAUCGGUCCAAAUUAAGUAUAUUCUCUCCCUCUUACUGCGCUCUGCCCACCAACCAUUAAUCAAUUUCUGUACAGACGCAGAUCUAUUCACCCUCUUCAUCCAUUCUUCUGAAUUUUUAAGGUAACUUGUGAAAGUUGAAGAAUCAAUGGCGGUUACCAUGAAACAAACGUCUCUAACAGUAGCAACAUUGGGUUUGCUAUCCUUCAUUUUCGGUGUUAUUGCUGAAAACAAGAAGCCUGAAUCUGGAACUACAAUAACAGGGAAGGGCAUUGUCAUUUGCAAAUAUCCUUAUGAUCCCAGUAUUGUCUUGGGGUGGUUAUCCGUUGUAUUUCUUGCUGCCUCUACUGCAGCUGGUUAUUUUUCUUUAUUUUAUGACUACAAAGGAAAGAAAAUUCCGCAGGCUGCUUUAUUCCAAAACACGAGCUUCCUCGUGUUCUUCAAUAUUGCUCUGGGAACAACUGGAUUAGCUGCAGCUUUGCUGUUAUGGCCGACAAUCUCCGAGCAGCUCCACCAUGUUCGCAAUGUUCAUCACAAUCUACAAAACGAAUGCCCUACGGCCAAAACAGGUCUUCUUGGAGGAGGUGCCUUUCUUUCUCUGGACUCGACCCUCUUCUGGUUGGUUGCCUUGAUGUUAGCUGAUAAUACUCGAGAGGAUUACUUUGAAGAUGCUGCAUAUGAACCUGUAAAGGUCACUGCUUAAAUGGAGUUCUUCCCAUAAAGAAGACUUGCAGACUUUAGCUUUUGGCAUUUCCUCUUAUGCACCGGAAAAUAUUAAUCUUUAUUUAAGAAUGAAGGGAAAUGAACUGAAAGCCUAAAUAAUUAACUAAAUAAUCGAUUAUUAUUACCAUUUUGUCGUAGAUUA